AUGUUGUUCAAGUGCUUAGUUUUGGCUAUUGUUGCUUCGGCAUGGGCUCGAUCAGCCAGCCCCCAGCAAAACACCAUCGUCCAUGAAGAGACGCCCCGAAGCAGCCAAGAAAACUCCUACUUAGGUGACUUACGUUACGUGUAUAAAGUGUAUCAAGAAUGUGCGGCCAAAGAUUUAGGACCGUGUCUCAAAUUGAAACUCAUUUCGGCCAUGGACAGAGUUGCGAGAAAUUACGCCGAAUUGCCCAUUUUCGAUGGAAUUUCGUUCGUCAAAGACCCAAAAGCGAUGACUUUGAACGAAGUAAAGACUGAGGAAGAAUACGAUGCCACCCUUCCAAGGGCACUCAACGAACGUGAUACGGCCCUUAACAACAUGAUUGCUGAUAAAAUCGCAUCAUUCUUUGACACUCACACGCUCCAGGUCAAAUUGCCCUCAGCUUUGAGCGAAGAAAGUCGUGGCAAGAAGGGCAAAAAAGGAAUGGGUCUUCUUCUCAUCCCAUUGAUUCUGGGUGGUACUCUCGUUCCCUUAGCUCUGGGAGCUUUGGCUUUGUUGGCCGGUAAAGCUCUGAUCGUUUCCAAGCUAGCAUUGGUCCUUGCUGGAAUCAUCGGUUUGAAGAAGCUGUUGGGUGGUGGCGGUGGUAGCCACGAAUCCGGACACGAAGUUGUCGUUUCCGGAGGUCAUGGCUCCAGUUGGGGACGCUCUUACGAUAAAGACCAAGUCCAGAAUUUGGCUUAUAGUGCUUACGUUCCCAAAACAACAACAUGAUUUAAUUUAUUCUAAUUUAUUGCAACUAUUUAUUGUACCUAUUUAAUAAAGUUUCGUCUUUGGUCUAUUAUUACGUA